AUACGCAACGGCACAAUCGGCGGCAUCUUACAUCGAACUGGGGAACUACAUCAAAAUAGCGCGAUUACGUCACUGAUGCCAAUGAUUUUCAGAAAAAGGUCGGAGAGUGUCAGAUUGCCAGACAUCUUUCACGAAAUUGUCGAGCAAUAAUUUAGCGCCUUCUUCAGGAUAUUAAAUAGGAUCAGCAGGGUCACCGCAAACCUCAUAUUACAGGAUCCAUUUCGAAUCCUAAUUUCAACGAAAUGAAUGACUGCCGGUUGACGGGGAUUUUCAAUGGAUUAUAGAUCAGGCGACCCUUCUUUUUUCGAAACGAAAGUUUGAAUGGACGAGGAAGAGAAGGGAACAAGCACAUCUAUGUCUUCCGUUUAACUCCGAGCUGAGACUUUAUAGUCACUCUCUGCGCUUCCAUGGAGAGAGGAAAGGAAAGAAGCCAGGAAGAGGAUGUACCAGGUGGCUGCGCGAAUGCCGUGCGAUUGGAUCGAGCAGCAUCUUGGAAAACGAGAUGAGACGGAUGAGACGAAUGAGACUUAGGGAGUUGGGAUGUUCGAAAGCUCCGCCUGGUUUUCGGGACGUCCCAAAUCUCGCGCCCCUCUAAAUAACAUCUUUUCUGUCUGUCUCUUUCUCGAUUCAUGUUGCUCCUCUCUUGUGCGUAGUCCACCCUUCGGCUUUUACUUCGAGAACUUUGACUAACAAUUAGUUUCACGUCGGAGACGCGAUCUAUCGCAACGUUCUGCUCUGCUGAUAGAUAUACUCGUGAUCGCGUAAAAAAACUCAUCGGUCACGUAGCAGAAUGCCUCGAAAACGGCGCGCCUCGACAUCGUCACUGGAAGAAUAUCAUUCCGAAGAGAAAUACAUAAAAGAUGACAUAGACAGUCGCGCGCCGCGAAAUGCUGCCAAUGCUCGUGAAAGAGCCCGUAUGAGAGUUUUGAGCAAAGCCUUUGGAAGAUUAAAAACAUCUUUACCAUGGGUACCGUCAGAUACGAAAUUAAGUAAGCUGGAUACACUAAGGCUAGCAUCAACGUACAUAGCCCAUUUAAGAGCCGUACUCCGCGACGACGGCGAAGCUCAUCCCGAAAGUACCAAGUCUUUGUCACUCGCGUUGUCAUGGCCAUUCGCUAUUCAAAACAGCAACGCUACCACGCUUAUGAACAACAGUUGCAACGUCUCCUCGACAUCUUCGAAUUGUAAUCAGUAUCGAGGACAACAAGUGACUCAUGAUAUCCAAAACUUCCAUCAUUCGGGGCAUCAGAGCGUGUCGACACGCCAUAAUCUUCAGGGGGGAGAGCAACAGCUCUCUUAUUUCUAACAAAAAAAUUCUGAUAAUGCGAUCAAAGCUGACUACAACGAGCGAUAUCUACGAGAAACGACUACUAGCUGGAAAUUACAUAACUAUGACGGUGUUGUCGUUUUCACGCCUUAUUUAUUCCAGAGUGCCUUAAUCUUCUAGUAUUUAUUGAUUUACUUUUAAUGCAAUUGAUAACGAUUAUACACCCAUUUGUGUGACAAAGAAAUAAUUUAUCUGUCAAUAGCAUUUAUAUCUUAAUUUAUGCGUCUUUUGUGCAUCAAAGAAAUGCAUUUUAUACAUCCUUUGUGCACAGUUUUAAUGAAAUAAAUUCAGACGAGCAGAAUAAACAAAAUAUUAUCUUUUUUCGUUUUUACAGAAAAAAUACAAUAAAAAUGUAAUGAGAAUUUUGAAAUUUUUGAUUUAUCAAACAUUUCGUAAAAGAUAUUAAGAGAUGUUCGCGGAGAAAUUGUUUCCUUGUCUCACACAUUCAAUUAUUGCAAUAUCAUAUA